AAGAUGCACACACAGACUCACACAGGGGAGAAACCCUACACGUGUGAGGAGUGCAACAGGCAGUUUCCUCGGUUAGCAGAUUUAAAGGUCCAUGUCCGAACUCAUACAGGGGAGAAACCCUACAAGUGUGAGGAGUGUAGCAGGCAGUUCAGUCAGAUGAAUGCUCUAAAGAUGCACACGCGGACUCAUACAGGGGAGAAACCCUACAGGUGUGAGGAGUGCAGCAGGCAGUUUCCUCGGUUAGCAAAUCUAAAGGUCCACAUCCAAACUCAUACAGGGGAGAAACCCUACAAGUGUGAGGAGUGCAGCAGGCAGUACAGUUUUCACAGUUCUUUGACAAGACACAUGCGCUCCCACUCAGAGAAUGUGUAAGGAGUGCAGCAAGAAGUUCAUUAGCCUAAAUCAGCUAAACUCACAUGCAGACUCACAUGGGUAAGAAUCCCCACAGGUGUUAGCUGGAAAGCAGCAGAUGCUUAAGUGAGCUGCGUUCUCCGCAAAAACUGCGAACUCACUCAGAUCAGGAUUUCUAAAAAGCUGUGUAAAGUGUAGCAAGCUUUACAAUUUUCUAAUAGAAAUCAAUUACUGAGAACUUCGUGGAUUUGUUAAACUGUGUAGAGCAAUGGAAGGUGACAUAAGAGGGGAUAGUAGGAAAUCCCAUAUACCGGUACGAUGUAAGGCAUAGCAAGUAUGCAGUUACUUGAUGUUUGAUCCAUGGCAGUUCAAGAAGAAAUAGAUACUGAAAAACCAUCAAUAAGAAGGGUAAAUCAGUUGAAGCUGCUGCAUUUUUUAAUCAUGUUUCUUUUUACGUUACUACUAAUCAGUGGUGUUAGACAAUCUAGGGCAACAGUUGGUUGUCAAUUACCGGUAGAUGGCUUUUACCAUCCUUUUUCUGUAGAUGUUGUUCUAUUGCUGAAUGAUGCUAGAUGAGCUGUUUUUGGUCCCGUUAGUACUCAUUAUUAGUAAGACCAGUUGUUUAACAGUUGUUUUUUUCACAACUAACCAAACUAUAUACUAGUUAUUGCUUUUACGCUAGUUCUAACAUACUUACCACUGGUAGUUU